UACUAAAAAAAGUAAUGCGAUAAUCCGAUAUCAAAAAUAUUUUAUCUUUUCAACAUUUUUUCAAUUUCACACUCUCAAAGCGGCGCAAAUCUAUUCAAAAUCCCCAUGGAUGUAAAACAUUGUGAGGUCACAGAGACCUGCCAGUCCUCCAAUGACAAAACCUUUUGAAAACUUCUACGCGCACUGACAUACGUAACAAUACCCGUACAACAACACUGCGCAACAAAGUAAACUUUGAACCAAUCAGAAACGAGAUACUAAAACCGCUCAUUAAAACGCAUACGUAACAGAGAAACUUGCGCGUUUUUGUUGACAUUAGCAACUUAAACAAUUCAUUCUUUAUGAAUUCUCAUUGCGAUCAAGACGUUUGCUUAGCUCCUGUCUUUAGAUCUUUCAAAGAGAAUGGCUCGACGAUCUUCACUUGUGCGAAGAUAUUUCUCCCGACUUCGAAAGAGUAUGGGAAAGAAUUUGAGAAAAUUGUGCUGUUUCCUCCAAGGUAUGGGCGAUAUUCUUCAUCAGAAUCCCACCUCACACACAUGACACUAAAAAAAAAUAUUGUAAACUCAAUUUCAAGAUAAUUCCUAAACUAUUUGAUUCAAUUCAGUAAACGAAACGUGAUUUUCUGGUACUACUAAUAAACUAGACUACUUUGUUUUUAAUAUUUGUGCUAUAAUUUCUUUAUUCAACGUGUUCAUGUUUGAAAAUUAUUAUAAUCUCUCUUUGUACACAGUUACCGAGGAUGAUACCGAUGGCCUUCGAAAGAAUGCUUUGACGACAGAGGCCCUCAAAAUGUUCCACUCUACAAAUAUCAGUGAUGCUUACAGCGACACAACUUCCGAAUGGAGUUUGGAAGACGGCUUACACAGUACCUUGUACCAUCCGGUAAUCACCUUAAAGCAAUUCGAAGGCCAAGACGACAACGUCGAUGACUCUUAUCGAUCUGCUCAUGUCUCCAUUGAAGGUGAUGGCGAAUCGUUCCUAUCGGAUUCUACAUCUAGUCUGCUAAGGUUUAUGGAUCAAAUGGAUAAUGACAGCCUUUCCAGCAUCGCCAGCGAUGAUGAAUACGAUGUCGACACGUUCACAACUGUUAGUGAUCUGACAGACUUUGAUGAUGAUCUCUUGGAUGACGACAACAGUGACGUCGUGCUUGAAAUGUCUAUGCCAGAAGUCGAUUUUGGGCUGCCAGACGAUGCUUUAUCCAUUGCAACUACCUUUCUCAAUGGAAUAAUGGCUGAGGUCGCUUCCGAACUAAACUCGAAAUAGUCGACUUCCAAAAUAUUCAAUCACUUUCUUGUAAAUAAAGCUAUCUAGUUAUUCUAUAGGUUUUCUUCUCUCAUCUCUAUGUUAUUGCUGUUAAGAGGUGUGAAUCAUAGCAAGUGAAAGUGCUAGGCGUGAGAAGUGUUGAAUGUUCUAAUCAAUGACUCCAGAAAAAUUAUAGGCUGAAGUGUAACAAAAACUAAAGGAGACAAAGGAAAUAGUAACGGUGACUUAAUGCGAACAGAUAAAGGCGCGUAUAUUCUGAAGACAUGUUUAAUUUAAACUCUGGCUUAAAUUGCAGUUUAACUAUUGAAAGCCAAUCGUGACAUAAAUCUUUAACAGUACAGAUACAAGGAAUCGUGCAGCUCA